AUUCUUAUUUAUUGCACUUACGUAAAAGGCUCGAUUUGAUUAAACGAAAGCUUAAUGUAUCUCCUUUGUUAAUAUAUCUUUUUUGUAUUUCUCGUACGUUUCAGGAAUAUAUGUACAAUAUGUAUUUUAAUUCAUAUCAAGAAUGCAUGAUACCAAACGUCUACGGUAAAUAUUAACAAGGAUCGCAAAAUAAAAUGUAACAUAUAAUUGUAAGGUCAACUUUUGAUACAGUAAGCUGGAGAGAGAGAAUUCUUUUUAUUAUGUUAUCGAACCUUUUAUUUGUCGACGAAUUGAAACAACUUCUUUUACUUAAAAGUGAAACAAUCAAUCCGAGAUAUUACUUCCGAUACUAAUUCUGCUUGUUAAAUAAAAUUAUACAAAUUAAACGAAGAUAUUUUUUUAUACAUGUUCAGUAUAUCAAGCAUACGCCUAUAUAAUUUAAUCUUUUCUGAUUAUUUACAUGUAAAAUACUCAUUAUGUACAUCCGCAAAAUUCCUUUUGUAUAUGGGUAUAAGUUAAAUAAAACAUUUGAAGAAACGGAGUGUGUAAUUCACGGUCAUUCAUGUUUACAAAUAAAUUCCACCUUUGAACCACCUUGAACGUGACCAUGACAUUGAAAUAAAAAUCCCUAAGAGAAGUGAUUCCCUAUGUCAGUAAUAAAUUUAUGUUACCAAAUAUAUACCUAAUGUUUAUCUUACAGUCACAAUCCUAUAAACAGGUCUUGACAUUCAUAUACCAAAGUGUGGGAAAAAUUGUUCAAAAAUUGAAUCGUGAGAACUAAACAUGGAAGACAAGGUUUUCGUUCUGCGCGUGUGUAACAUAUUAUGAAUAUCUCAAAUAGAGACAGAUAUAUUCUACUCAUAUCUAUCUGUCUCGAACGAACAAAACUUUGCCGUCGUCCAUAUUGAUUUCUCACGACUCAAUUUUCGAACGGUUUCCCCUAGCGACUGUCAAGAAUUAUAUGAUCUAGUUCACCACAUAUCAAACUGCAAUUUUUUACACAUUAUAUGUUUAAUGUUAUUACAAUGGUAAUAUAAUGGCCGAUAUAUAAACGGUGAACUAUCUUCUAACGGUUCUUUCGAAAUGUUCAGUUAGCUUUAGUACAAAAACAAAUUAUUUUUUCAGUUUCAUUUAUACAUAUCAAAAAUUUUUGCGUCGCCAGUUUAUCACUCAAUGAUGUAAAAGUAUUAACAAAAAUAGUGUUUUAUUAUAUAAUUUCGUACACUUUCAAAAGAUAGGGAUAAUCCAGAUCAAAGCUUCUCGUUCUAAAUUUAACAUGGCGGUGUGCACGUGCUGUCUGCAUUUCUUCAUUGAAACCGGUUGUCAAACGCAUAAACAAAUACGUUUCACAACCCCCAAAAAUUUGUGAUACUGUAAUAGCACCGGAAAUAACGCGAGUACAAUCUCUUGUGGAAAAUGCAUGAUAAUGGAAGGAAGUCGUUCGACGAAAUAUAGUCACAAAAAGUGGCGUAAUAUAGCAAAAAGGGAACGUCGGAGACGUCUGCGUCGCAGAACGGCCGCUCAGCGAAAAGCGACCGAGGAACAGGUGAGGGCAGCACUUGAGAAAAGCGCGGAAUAUUUAAAAUGGUUAAAACAGUGUGAAGUUGAGGACAAAGAAAAAGAAGCUCGGGAAAAAGAAGAACACGAUCAACGGGAAAGAUUAUGGUUAGAGGAAGAGGUGAAAGCCCAAGAAGAAUGGCAAAUUUUGCAAGAGAAAAAGCAAAAAGCUCGACAGUUACAAUUGGAGCAAGAGGCGAAAAUCCGCCAAGAAUUUGAAACGAAACAGAAGGCUAUUCGCAAAAAGCAGGAGGAGGAGAGACGUAGGAGGGAAGAGGAAAUUAAAAGGCGGGAACAGUUACUUAAAGAGAUUGACGACUACAUUGAUAAUGGAAUCAAAACCCCGGAAGCUUUGCGUGAGGUUAUCGAUAGUCAACCUAGUAAAGAGCUUUGUCCGUUUUUCACAAAGACAGGUGCUUGCAGAUAUGGUAACAUUUGUUCGAGAAAUCAUCGCAGGGUAUGUUUAAGUAAAGUCAUAUUAGUACCUGGUUUUUAUACGCAUUUUUCUCUGGAGAAGAAUUCUGCGGAAUACGAUACUGAUAUUGCCCUUGAAUUUGAAAACUCGGAAACACAGCAACAUUUUCACGAAUUUUACAAAGAUGUAGUCCCGGAACUGGAAUCGUUUGGAAGAAUAAAAACCUUGAAAUAUUGUUGCAACACCGAAGUUCACUUGCGGGGCAACUUAUAUGUCGAAUAUUACACCGAAAGGGAAGCUGCUAGGGCUUUGAGGAGACUGAAAGGUCGAUGGUAUGCCGGCCGACAGCUUAAUUGUGAAUUCGUAAACCUGAAAUCAUGGAGGAGUGCUGUCUGUGGGAUGUCGAAAUGUCCCAAAGGGAAGGCAUGUAAUUUUUUACAUACAUUUAAAAAUCCACAUGACGAAUAUGAUAUCAAAAGUCCGCCAAGAAGGGCGAAACAAUCGUGUUCGUCUGCUCAGAAAGUUACGAGCAAUAGAAGAACCGAACAUAGAAAUAAAUCAAAAUGGAAAGAUGGCAGCAACGUGGAAAAUAAUAAAAAUUGGAGGUGGUCCGAAUCCCCCAAGACCGAGAUAGGUCAUCGUUCAAGGAAUGCUGAAACUCGCCAUCAUUCUGUCGAAAGUCCCUUUCGACAGAAAUCGACUCGCGACAAACGACACGAACAACUCGACAGAGAUAGAUCUAUCGAUCAUGAGGAUUCGCCGCCGAUCAAACGUCAUCGAACGAGAUCUAGAAAACACAUAGAUGAGAAAAUAAGAGAUGAUGAUGUUUCAAGCGAUCGCGACUAUUCUAGAAGACGCUCGAAGAAAUACAAAAAAAGAACAGAAGAGGAUGAUGAUACAUCGCCGAGGCGUUCGCAUAAAAGACAUUUGAGAAGCAGCGAUCGACAUUAUCGUUCGAGAAGUCAUAAGUUUUCGAGUAAACAUUCUAAAAGAGAAAAAGAGGAUGUCGAGAAAGAUAGAUACAGAUCGAAAAGUCAUAGUGAGUCGUGUCAAGUUUCUCGGGAAAGAAAAUUGAAGAGCACGUCCGGAAAGUGGAAUACCGAAGAAAUCGUCGACGCGAUAAAUCUGCCUUGCGUAAAAUCUAAAUGAGACAAAGAAAAUUCGGAACAAAUUGAUUCCGAAAGUACGGGUUCCUCCGAUUCUGAGGUCUCUGGCGUUGUAGAAGACAAAGAUGUCGACAAAUCGGAAACAUCGUGGAAACUUCCUAAAAAAAUAUCCGACGACGAAUGGGCUACGACUGAUUCUGAAAACGAAAUAAAGAUCAAAGAGAAUUGACGUAACAGACGUUGAAUUUGUAUAAAUUUGUUCUUAUCAUGACUUUAUUGAAAACUAUAUAAGGAAACCAAAUAUAACUUGAACAAUAAGUACUUUUUUUUUUACCAAAAUAUAUUUAAUAAUAAAAUGUUACAUAUUUAUCGCAAUA